AUGAUUAGGUGCGCUACUUUCAACGUCCCGGCGAUCGCGGGCAAGCUGCCUGUUGUCUUUGACAUCUUUUCUUCCUACAACAUCCAGGUUGCCGCCUUGCAGGAGGUGGAUAUCAACGAAGCCACCCGUGCUCGUUUCCGCACUUCGUGUUUGCAGAAAGGCUUCUUUGUGGUGUUUGGAGGCGUUGGGGAAGGUGGGGUCACCAAGACCGCCUUGUUGUCUACCUUACCAAUUUCACCUGUGUUUCUGGAGACUUCCUGGCCGGACCGUGUGGCUGCUGGCGUGGUGGAGGUCCAGGAGUGCAAUGGCCCGGACUGGGUGUACCAAAAGAUCUUUUUAGCUUCAGUUUAUUGCCAUGCUUCCGAUGGCACAGCAAGAUCAAGACUUUGUACAGAGGUGCUUGACUUUGUGACGGGUUCUGGUUUCCUGUGGUUGACCCUGGGUGACUGGAAUCAGGAGGCGGAUGACCAAUGUUUCUCCCCUUACAUUUCCGCUGGAAGAGCUCAUUGUGUGGAUGAUGCCUUUGCUUUGCUCCCUGAAUCCACCCGAGCCGAUGGCCACAAGCGCAUCGAUUUUGGCCUUUCACACCGUUCUCUUGUUCCAGUACAGCGUGUCCAAUCGCAGGACAUUGAUUUUGGGAUUACGGAUCAUGAUCUCGUUGCCUACGACUUCGAGUUCAAGACAAUUUCGCACGGCCGGUUUGGGCCGAAGCGCCGUCUGAUCUCUGCUGCAGAUGGCGUUGAGAAGUUUGACUGCAGUGAAACUUUGUGUCAAUUGGUUAAAAUUGCAUUGUCGCAAGAAGAUGUGGACAAUGCGUGGUCGCUCCUCUCUGAUUUUGCGGAGGACGCCCUCUGUGAUGAGAAGCAUUUUGGCUUCACGCCGCGCUCCGCUUCCUGGAAGCCCCGUUUUUCGUCACGGCACUCCAAGGCGUCUGCUGGACCAGAGCCGGUGCGGUUGGUUCGUCUUAGGCGUCUUCACAGACGCCUCCUUCAGCUUCGUAGACAACCCUGGGAUAGCAAUCUUCGUGCAAAGGCUGCCCGUGAUUUUCGGUGCUUUCAGGAUGAGCUGCAAGAUUUGUACAGAUGUCAUGGACCAGUUUCUGAGGCUGAGCCAGCUCCGGCUGGGGGGAUGCCCCGAAGCAGAGCUGAGGCUGUGCCAGCUGGGGCCCCUGGCAGAGCUGAGGCCGUGCCAGCUCCGGCUGGGGCUUUGGCCCCAAACAGAGCUGAGGCCGAGCCAGCUCCGGCUGGGCCUGGGGCCCGAAGCAGAGCUGAGGCCGUGCCAGCUCCGGCGGGGGUUGAAACCCCUAACAGAGCUGAGGCCGAGCCAGCUCCGGCUGGGCGACAUGCCCGAAGCAGAGCUGAGGCCGCGCCUGCGUCGGGAUUGGUAUCCCGAAGCAAGGCAAAGGCUGCGCCAGCUCCGGCUGGGGCGUGUGCCCCAAGCGGAGCUGAGGCCGAGCCAGCUCCGGCUGGGCCUGGGGCCCGAAGCAGAGCUGAGGCCGUGCCAGCUCCGGCGGGGUUUGAAACCCCUAACAGAGCUGAGGCCGAGCCAGCUCCGGCUGGGCGACAUGCCCGAAGCAGAGCUGAGGCCGCGCCUGCGUCGGGAUUGGCAUCCCGAAGCAAGGCAAAGGCUGCGCUAGUUCCGGCUGGGGCGCUUGCCCCAAGCGGAGCUGAGGCCGUUCCAGUUCCGGCUGGGGCUGUGCCCCGAAGCAGAGCUGAGGCCGAGCCUGCUCCGGCUGGGCUGGGUGCCCAAUGCAGAGCAGAGGCUGUGCCAGCUCCGGCUGGGGUUGAAACCCCCAACAGAGCUGAGGCCGAGCCAACUCCGGCUGGGCGACAUGCCCGAAGCAGAGCUGAGGCCGCGCCUACGUCGGGUUCGGCUUCCCGAAGUAGGACAAAGGCUGCGCCGUUUCCGGCUGCAAGUGGAGCUGAGGCCGUUCCAGUUCCGGCUGGGGCUGUGCCCCGAAGCAGAGCAGAGGCCGAGCCUGCUCCGGCUGGGCUGGGAGCCCAAAGCAGAGCAGAGGCUGUGCUAGCUCCAGCUGGGAUGGAGCCCCCAAACAGAGCUGAGGUCGAGCCAGCUCCGGCUGGGCUGAAUGCGCGCAGCAGAGCUGAGGAAGACUGCCUGGAAGACCUCGUUGAUGUGGUGGCAGCGGCAGUCACUCAAUGUGAGCGGCAACUUUUUUCUCAGCGCCUAAAGGCUUGGAAGGCCCGGAUGGCUGCAGAUGAAGGCCAGCAGCGUGCAUGGGUCAAGCGGUUUGCCUUGACCCGUGCUCAGGAGAGUCGUGCGGCGCGCCCUGCGCCAUCUUCUAAGGGUGUUAGCGCUUCAGCCGUCCACCCUUCCAUAGCAGUUGAUGAGCAGCAGCGAGAGUGGACAGCGGUUUGGGGCCAGGAAUCUGGACGUGGCACAGGCGAGGAAUUCCAAAGUUUUCUUCGCAACGUCCCAAACAACGUUAAUGAGGCUGUUGCCUUCUCAGCAAAGGGCUCUGACCUGCUGCAAGCCAUGCAGGCUAUGACGCGCAAGGCCCCUGGCCCUGAUGACUGGCGCGCCAAAGAUCUUUUGAGAAUGGGACCGAUUUGGUGGUCAUGCCUUGAAGAUUUGUGGGCCCAUGUGAUUUCUUCCGGAUGCAUUCCCCGCCGAUGGGUUGAGGCCAAGAUAGUGCUCAUUCCCAAAGACGCAGGGGGCUGGCGGCCACUUGCUUUGACAUCGGUAUUGUGGCGCGCUGGCUCGCGAGCGCUUUUGCAGACCCUGAAGCCGUGGUUGAGCAGUUGGGCGGGCGAUCACCUGUUUGGCGGUUUGGCUGGUAGAGGCGUCGAAGAUUGCCUCAUCCGCAUCAACCAUGCGGUCGCGCAGCGAGCUAAGCAUGGCGUGUUUGUGCGCCAGGAUAUCCAUCGUUUUUUUGAUGCGAUCCAGGUGCAGCAGGCAAUAGCGGUCCUCUCGCACUUGAAGGCCCCUCCUGCGCUCGUUCGCCUUAUUGACCAGUUUUAUUUGCGUGGAUCCCGGGUCUUUACUUCGGGCGCCUAUCAUGGCUCACAAUGGUGCAAAGCAGGGCGGGGCAUUUUGCAAGGAUGCCCUCUUUCGCCUAUGAUCGCGGCAGCGGUGAUGUUGCCGUGGACUUGCGCAGUCCAGCAGCCCGGCCUCGGCUGUGCCGUUUUCGUUGACGAUCGGGUUUUGUGGGCCCAGAAUGUUUCCCAAGCCCCCCUUUUGCAGCUGGCAAUGCGGAAAUCGGAGGAAUUUGACAGUGUGUUUGGGCUUAGGUGCCGACCCGAGAAGUGCGGGAUUGCAGCUUUGAGCUCGGAUGUUGCCCAAAAUUUUGGGCUAAGCAACCUCCCUUACGCCUUCGACCACAAACUCACCUUUCUUGGGUUACAGUUUGACCUUCAUGAACCGAUGGCCACACAGCUGGUAAAGUUUGACAUGCAGCUCGUGCUUUUCCGCAUAACUGCCAUUGCCCGCGUGGCUGCUUCAUGGAAGGCCCGCUUACGCUUGCUGCGAUGCCUCGUGAACCCAACCUUCACUUGGGCUGCUGGCUUGGCAGCAUUGACACCGGAUGUUUUGAAGAGUAUACGCAGUGCAGUUGUGAGUUCCUUUGGCGCCACUUUGCCGCCAGACGUGCCUUGGGGCAUCCUUUUUGAGCUCCUUGGGUGGGAAGUCGAGCCUCUCUUCGCCUCAGCUGCAGCCCAUUUCCGAGCUGCAGUUAGGCACCGCAGCUCGUUGAAACAGUGCUGGGAAGAUGCACCUCUUGACUUUGUCUUUGGAAAGUGGUUUCAGCAACUCCCUUGCGCUGCGGCCGCAGCCAAUGACCUUGGAUGGUGGGCAUCGCCUGAUGGAGCUCUCCUUCAUAGGCGGGAUCAGCAUGGGCAGCAGCGCACCUUCGAGCUUGGGGUUGACAACUUUGCUUGUGUUCUUCGGUGGCUUAAAGAAAGGAGCCGGCGCGACUCUUUGAAGGCGUCGGCCAGGGUGUUUCGUGGCUUUCGACGCCAGGCAAAUGCAGAUCAGCCACUGGCUCAAGGUUUGACACUGCCUCCUCCUGCUCCCGGAGUUCCUUGUUACCAAGGCCACAGACAGUGUUUCAAGCAGGCGACGGACAAAAGGGAUUUGUUCCUUGCGUGCUUGGCUACGGGAUGCAGCUGGUGGCACUUCCAUCCCGGUUUUCGGAGGCAACCCCAUGGUGACGCAGCCCGUCAGUGCGCAUGUGGCAAGCACACGCCUUCUCGGCCCCACUUGGUGUGGACAUGUCCGGCGACUGCUUCAGCAAGAGAAGGAGUUCCUCUCCCCAGUAACCGAGCAGAGGAGCGUCUCUUUACCAAGGUCCUCCCUGAACAACCUGCUGCGCCAAGGGACCCCCGUCCUCUGGCCUUUGAGCAGCUUGUCCAUGCCUUUCGCACAAGACUUGAGGAACAGCCUUCCCACUUCUUCGUUGCCACAGAUGGUUCCGAGAUUGAUGAGGUCGCUGCUUUUGCCAUUGCGACCCCGGGAUGCCCAACUUUUGUUUCAGCUGUCACUGGUGAAGAUCAGACCGCUUACCGGGCUGAGGUUGAAGCUGGCGUCCUCGCCCUUCAGGCUGCUGCUGACGCUGCUCGACUAUGUGCAGGAGCCGCUUCACGUGUCUCUUUUGUGUUUGUCCUCGACUGCCAAGCUGCCAUCAAAACUUUGAAAGGUGGUGGUUCUUGCAAGCUACUGGCGCGACGCGCCUUUGAUGCUUUCCAACGGCUUUGUGCUCUGACCCUGUCGGUCGAGCUCUUUUGGGUCCCAUCGCACGGCAAGGUUAGCGGUGAAUGGGCGCCGCACCCGGUCGCCUCGGAGGCCAUGCUUCGUGGACUCAAUGAGGACGCCGAUGAGGCGGCGCGCUGGAAGGCGCGAUUGCUACUCCGUGGGUCUGCUCGUCAGGAGUGGGCGCGAGCUAAGCUUGCUGCCACGCAAUGGGAGGUCAAGGCCGUCAACGCGGUUGCCGGAGCCGCUUCUAUCGCUCGUGGGUGGUGGGCGUCUGACGCCUGA